GAUAAGCAAGUCGGUGAGCUCAGUCUUAAUCAUGACGCUAUUUAACGACUGUCGUUUAUUCAGACUUCGAAAAUUGCAAAUCAGUUGUCCGGAAUCAGUUUCGAUUUUUAACUGCUCAAGACAAGUUCGCUAAAAUUCUUACUAAAUUGUGUGUUUAAAAAAAAAUAAGUAUUUUUAUUUAAAAUUAAUCUAUCAAAAUGCGUUCCCUCUGCACGCUUCUACUACUAUUCGCAGCCGCCAGCUGUAUCUGCUGCUGAAAAGAAUUUGGUUUGCUUUUACGACUCAGCCAGUUAUCUGCGUCAAGGCUUCGCCAAACUACUGCCCUCUGACCUUGAGCUUGGCCUUAACUUCUGCUCGCAUCUGAUCUACGGCUAUGCUGGCCUUAAGCCGCAGACGUUCGAGGUCUUCAGUCUCAAUGUCGAUCUUGAUAUGUUUCAUUAUCACGAAAUUGUGCUGCUAAAGGCGAAAUACCCGAAGAUGAAGGUAUUUCUAAGUGUUGGUGGCGAUCGUGAUGUGGAUGAGGCAAAUCCCCUUAAAUAUAUUGGCCUAUUGGAAAGUGGACGCGCAGAUCAACAGAAUUUCAUUGAUAGCGCAAUUGCGCUGCUGAAACGCAAUGGCUUUGAUGGUCUCGAUUUGGCAUUCCAAUUGCCACGCAAUAAGCCAAGGAAGGUGCAUGGCUCUGUGGGUUCGGUUUGGAAGCAAUUCAAGAAGAUAUUCACCGGUGACUACGUUGUGGAUCCGCUAGCUAGUGAGCAUAAGGAACAGUAUACGGAAUUCACACAAAAUUUGCGCACAGCUUUGCAGCGCUCGAAUCUUUCGCUUUCGAUGACUGUAUUGCCGAAUGUUAAUUCAACAUGGUACUUUGAUAUGCCAAAAAUCAAAAAUAAUUUCGAAUUCAUCAAUCUACUCGCCUUCGACUUUCUCACACCGGAACGCAAUCCCGAAGAGGCGGACUACACGGCACCCAUCUAUCCGCCUGUCGAACACAAUCGCCUGCCACACUACAACAUAGAAUUUCAAGUGGACUAUUGGCUACAGAAUCUAUGUCCAGCACAGAAGUUGAACCUUGGCAUUGCAACUUAUGGACGAGCUUGGAAAAUGACACCCAACUCGGGCUUCUCCGGCGCGCCCGUUGUUCCUAAAACAGAUGGCCCUGCGCCAGCUGGCCUACAAUCGCAAAUUCCUGGACUGCUCAGUUGGCCAGAGAUUUGCGCCAAAAUGCCGAAUAAAGUGAAUGCUGAAUAUCGUGGUGAGAAUGCACCCCUACGCAAGGUCACCGAUUUGCAGCAGCGUUAUGGUAAUUAUGCUCUGCGACCGGCGGACGAUAAUGGCGAGCAUGGCAUGUGGGUGAGCUACGAUGAUCCGGAUUUUGCUGCGAUAAAAGCGAGCUAUGUGCGCACCAAGGGGUUGGGCGAUGUGGCGCUCUACGAUUUGAGUUAUGAUGAUUUUCGUGGACUUUGCACCGGUUCGAAGUUCCCCAUUUUGCGCGCAAUCAAGCACUUCUUAUAAGAUUAGUCUAUAGAUAUAUAGUUAUGUAUAUUUUAUUUAUUAUGGUAAAUACUUAAUUGUACGGUUUUACUUAGUUGUGUUAGAAAAUUAAAUAAAAUGCCAUAUUCAUAAAUUA